AUUGCAAGUUAAAUCAAGAUCAAAUUGUUGAUGCGAAAAGCUGAGGAGGAGAAAGACACGAAUCAACAUAAAAGAAAUAAAAGCCAUUUAUCAGAGGCCAGACAAUUCACGCUUAGUUCCAGCACGUAGAUUUGCCACAAAAGAAGGACCGGAUAUCUCCUGUUAACCUCUGUAAAGGAGGAACAUGCCAAGUUCCUGAAAGAAAACAGUAGCAAUGUAAGUUUCAGUACAUUUGCUGCAUUGAGGCCCAGGAAUGUCCGUCUACUUUCCAAGUCGCAUAGAGAGUAUUGCAUGUGCAGUUAUUGUAUGAACAUCCGGAACAAGCUGCUCUGUUUAGAGUCUGUCAUCAGGACCAAAUUGGUAAAUGAAACCAAUCUAUUGGACAUUCUUCUGUGUCCAAAAGCCACCAGUGAACGCUUCUUUGCAUCGGCAUGCUUAAAGGGGAGUUGUCCUUCCUGUUCCAACUACAGUGCAACUUUGCAGAAAAGGUAUGAAAGCAUCUCACCUGAAAAACAGCCGUCAUAGAAUAGAUGGGAGAAGAUUGACGGCAAAGUUGUAUUAAUCACCAAGGUUGGCAACAAGGCAAAGUUACUGAAAGAGUUUGUGGACGAAGACAUCCAGAAACCAAGCCAGGGUACCACGUUCCUGCAGCACGUACACACAGCCCAAUGGCAACAGGACCAAUUCUCUCUUAUUAAAACAAAUCUGCCUGAUAACUGGUGUCUCCAAGUCAUGGACUUUGCCAAAAAUAGAGGAAUUUGCUAUCAGGAGGAAGUGAAGAAUGCCUUUUUCACCAACACUCAGAUAACGAUACAUCCCAUUGUGAGUUAUUAUAAGAAGGAAGGCCAAUCUGAACUGGUGAGGGAAUCAUCCAUCAUUAUUUCAGAAGAUCUGGUUCAUGACUUUCAUGCAGUCAAACAUCAUAAGUCUAUAGUGGCUGAACACCUGGAAAGGCAAUCAGGUUCGAUGCCUGAGAAGUUUGUACUUUUCUCAGAUGGAUGUGCUGCCCAAUACAAGUCAAAGGGACCUUUUGCUGACUUGUCUAUGCAAGAAAUACCUACAUCAAGAAAUUACUUUGGAUCAGAACAUGGCAAAAAUGAAUGUGAUGGAGAGACUGGGAUAUUAAACAGGGCUGUAGAUAGGGCUAUCAUUGGCAAGAAGGCUGUAGUUACCAGUCCUUUAGAUUUGUAUACAUACUGCAAAGAAAACUUGGAACUAGAUGAAACGCUGUCCAAAGAAAAUAUUUCUUUGUCAAGCAAGGUGAGAUCUCAAGAGAAAGACCAGAAUCAAAUGUUAAACCUAUCAAGAAGACAAGACAGAUCCAUUAUAUAGAGAACACAGGCACCAAUUAUUCCAUCAAGUCAAGAAACCUGUCAUGUUUUUGUCAGUCAUGUUUGGAUGGUCACACAGAUGCUUGCCUUAACUUGAAGUAUGUGGAGGAAUUCAAAAGUCAUACACUGUCUUUGAUUCCAGAAUGUUUGUCAAAAGAAGAUAUGAAAAUGGAGACUGAAGUAUUUGGAAAAAAUGAAACAGAAAAGAAUAAAGGAAGAGAUAACUUGAGGCCAAGUACAAGCUGUAAAUCAGGUGAAAAUGUUAGAAGAGAUGUCCCCAGUCAAACUUCUCAUCAAGAAUCAAAUGAGAUCACGACAGAUUUUCAGACAAAAAACAUGUCUAAUAGUGGCAAGAAUAAGAGUAAAACACAGAAAGCUGAAACCAAAACAUUGAAAUCACUGACAAUGGAUGGGAAACUGUACCAAAACAUAUUUGCAAGCAAAAGUUUUGAAGAGCUUGAAAUACUGGCUGAAGAAUAUCAUGUUCUCCCAAUUGCAGAA